UUCCAGAAUUUUUAAUCCGGUGAAUGCUUUUCGAAAAAUUAAGAAAAGUCGAGGAAAAGUCGGCUGCGGUCUGAGAAAAAGCGUCGAAGUCUUCGCCCUCACGUAUAGAGACUGGGUUGGCUGGAAGAUGAAGAACUUAAUGCUCUUGGCACUCGCCUUGAUAGUGCAAUCGAGUACCGUAUCAUCCUCGCCGACGAUUCCGACCUUGGAACUUGGCGCGGAGUGCAACCGAAAUCGGGACUGCGAGGCCAACAUCGGGAACAGCCACUGCCACUUGGGAUAUUGCAGGUGUCAGCCCUUCUUCGCGGAGUACAAUGGCACCCAGUGCCUGGAGUCGACACUUCUGGGAUACGAUUGCCAGGUGGAGGGCCAGUGCUCCCUGAAGGUGGCGAACAGUAGCUGCUUGGCCGGAGUCUGCAGGUGCCAGGAGGGCUUCCUGCAGUUUCGACGCCACACUUGUCUAGGACCUGCAAGACCGGGCCAAGUGUGCUACAGUCAUGCUCAUUGUCGACUUUGGGACAGCGAUUCGCACUGCGAUUUCUUAAUUCCGGACCUCUUUGGCCGCUGUCAAUGUACAGCUCCGAUGCGUCGCGACGGCGAUGUGUGUAGACCCGAUAGUCUGGUCAGACCUCCCCAAAAUCCAGUUGCGAUUCUUCCUGGGAAUGACCAGGAAGAGAGCCAUUCGGAACCUGGAAAUGACCCCGGAAGUACGGAACCCACUGAAGAGAAGGAGGAGGAUCCUGAUACAGGUGUCCAGAUAUCCUGGCUGAAGAACGCGACCAUGCUGCUGUCAACGAUUUCACCAGCUCCCCUGAUCCCUGCCAACCUGGUGACAAGGUCCAACGCGGGCUCCUCCAAGCCUGGACCCAAUGAUCUCCCAGAUGACAGCGACGCAGUUGUCAUCGAGGCUGUCAUCACCGAGCUCGUGCCAACCACGUCCACUUCUGCGCCUGUCAAGACGGACCGUCACGAGUCUGCCAGCUUGACAGCCGUCAGUUUGGGCCUGCCAUGCUCAGACGACCUGGAGUGUCGCAUGGCAGACUCCAACUCGAGGUGCUUCGACGGCGUCUGCGACUGUCACUACCGGGGCCCUGUCAAUGCCAGCUGUUCUGCCAAGUCCAACGGCUGUGCAGUUGGCACCUUCCAAUGUCGCAGCUCUGGAAACUGCAUCAGCUGGUUCUUCGUCUGCGACGGAAGACCAGAUUGCGGAGACGCCUCCGACGAGGAAUGUUCCUUGACAGCUUGUCCUCGACAUGCCUUCCGCUGUCAAAAAAGUGGCAGCUGCAUCUCCAGAGCCACACUUUGCGACGGGACCAGGGACUGCCCCGAUGGCGAGGACGAGGACGGCUGCAACAAUAGGCGGAGGUGUCCCCAAGGCGCGUUUCGCUGCAACAAUGGUCAGUGCCUUCCGGCUUAUGAAUUUUGCAACGCAGUCGUGUCCUGCAGGGACGGAAGCGACGAGCCCAGAGGUGCUUGCAGGACGCGGAACCGCGGCAGGAUCGCACCUAGACAUUGUCCUUUCAGGUGCAACAAUGGAAGGUGUCGAUCAGACGCCAUCACCUGCAGCGGCCGCGAUGGGUGCGGCGAUGGGUCCGACGAGAUCAACUGCACAGUCUGCAGAUGUCCCAGCUCGAUGUAAAUCGUAUCGUCGGGUGCAAGAGACCUCGACUCGUUCACCGAGAGGGAGGAAAACGCUCCGGAAGCUGAAGGGAGAUCCUGAGAGCACUCGGCAGGAAGCUUGACCAAAGACCAGCGCGCUUCUCCGGAGCCAAAGGCGUCGAUUAAUUAUUCGGAUUUAUAAUUACUCGGGACGACCCUGGAAAUUGUUUUCUAUGUUUUUUAUACACCUGCGUGGACUUUUUUCGGUCCAUCAGGCCGGUCUGAAACUGCUAAAGCGUUUCCGAUGCAAGCUCGAUGCUGCAGAAGGGAAGCUAGGGAAGGGGAGAGGGUAAUCUGCAGGUGCAUGAUGCACCGUGUGCACCUGCUGCAUCGGGAUUACCUCGCUAUCGAUGUCGCGUUUUUAUCGUUUCUACUGUUUUUAGUGUUUCGGGGGUAAUCGCGGACAAACGCGCAUCGGUCUUCCCUUUUCUAUUGUCUCUUCCAAGGGAACGCAGGAUGAACAGAAGAUACCUCGAUUAAGAUAUAUUUAAGGAGCGUAGGGUAGAUUAACUUAACGCGUACUUUUUAACAGUAAUCUUAUCUAACGAUAUAGAUAGAGGUGGACACUUAGAUCUUAAUUAGACGAAGGACUAGCGAGCUAACUCGCGGAGGGCACGUACUUUUCAAUAAAAAUUCCAUUUUUAUUAUCCGAUGGCUCUACUUUGGAGUAAGGGUCGCGAUAAGGGUCUUCUAUCGAAGUCCUUAUUUUCAUCGAUUAUUUUUCCACCUGGAGGCUUUCUUUGGGAGUCUCUUAGGUGCACUUUCAGGCUAGAGCUUCGGCACUUCCGAGCUGAAGGACUCCCGGGAUCGAUACUUUAGACCACCCUCGAGGCUUUCCGUCGAACACGUGUCCCCGGAACCAUGAUAUACGAUUCAAAGCCAAUAAAAUUCCUUGUAUAGACGUGCUAGUUUCCGUAAGGAGGAAAAAAUCAAAUGUCGCGACUGCGUUCUGGGACCUCGUCGAUAAUCCGACCUACGUGGACGCACCUAGACGGGCGACUCCAACUAGGCCACUCAUUACGACAUUCGAUCUAUUAAUAAUGUAUCCUGCCUACCCUAGACCAGGAUUUAACGCGCUGUGACGAUUGCAGAUAAAAAUUCAAUCGAUCCAUUUUUUUUUUUCCUAGCGAAACCAGCUGACAUCAGACA